AUGACGGCCGUGGGCGCUGUUGUGGCCAUUGACGCCGUGGUAGCCGUAGGUUCUGUGGCGGCUUUAUGUGUCGUGGUGGCUGUGGAUGCCUUGGGAGCUGUGGGGGCCGUGGGCGUCUUGGUGGCCAUAGUCACACUGGUGGCCUUUGGAGCCAUUAGUGCUGUGGGUGGAUUAAUGGCUGUGGGCUCCAUGGCGGCGGUGUCUGCAUUGUUGGCCGUUGACUCCGUGGUUGCUGUUUGGGCCGUUGCUGCUGUAGGUCCUGUGGUGGCUGUAUGCGCCAUGUGGGUGUUGGGUACCGUCGGGGCCGUUGGCUUCGUGAGGGCCGUUGGCGCCGUGGCAGCAGUGGGCGUCGUGCGAGACGUGGGCGCCGUGUUUCCAGUGGGCGCCGUGGGGGCCGUAUGCGCUGUGGUUGCUGUGGGCGCCGUGGGGGCCGUGGGGGCCGUGGGAGCCGAUGGUGCGGUGGCGGCUGUGGGCGCCGUUGGAGCCGUGCGUGCCGUGGGCGCCGUGGGAGCCGUAGGGGCCGUGGGUGCCGUGGGCGCUGUUGGAGCCGUGGGCGCCGUGGGGGCUGUGGGCGCCGUAGGUGCAGUUGGUGCAGUGGGCGCCGUGGGAGCCGUUGGAGCCGUGGGGGCCGUGGGCGCUGUAGGCGCUGUGGGGGCCGUGGGGGCCGUGGGGGCCGUUGGCGCCGUGGGUGCUGUGGGCGCUGUGGGGGCCGUGGGGGCCGUGGGGGCCGUUGGAGCCGUGGGCGCUGUGGGUGCCGUGGGCGCCGUGGGAGCCGUUGGCGCUGUGGGCGCCGUGGGGGCCGUGGGUGCCGUGGGCGCCGUGGGGGCCGUGGGGGCCGUGGGGGCCGUGGGCGCUGUGGGGGCCGUGGGGGCCGUGGGCGCUGUGGGGGCCGUGGGGGCCGUGGGGGCCGUGGCAGCCGUGGGCGCCGUAGGCGCCGUGGGAGCGGUGGGCGCUGUGGGGGCCGUGGGGGCCGUAGGCGCCGUGGGAGCGGUGGGCGCUGUGGGGGCCGUGGGGGCCGUGGGGGCCGUUGGGGCUGUGGGUGCCGUGGUGGCUGUGGGGGCCGUGGCAGCCGUGGGUGCUGUGGGCGAAGUUGGUGCUGUGGGUGCCGUUGGUGCAGUGGGUGCUGUGCGCGUCGUGGGUGCCGUCUGCGCCGUGGUUGCCGUCGGUGCAGUGGCAAUCGUGGGUGACGUGGCAGUUUUGGGUUUAGGGAAUGUCAUUAUUGCUGUGGGUGCUGUGGGUUGCGUCGCGGUUGUAGGCUCCAUAGUGGCAGUGGGUGCUGUGGGUUCCAUAGUUGUUGUGGUUGCCGUGGCGGCCGUGGGUGCCGUGAGCACCAUGGGCAUUUUUGGGGCCGUCGGCGCUGUGGGGGCCUUGGGGGCCGUGGGCGUUCCGGGCACGAUGGGCUCUUUGGGCGCCUUAGGCGCCGUGGGAGCCGUGGGCGCCGAGGGGUCCGUGGGGGCCGUGGGGGCCGGAGGCGCCGAGGGAGCUGUGGGCGCCGUGGGUGCCGUUGGAGCCGUGGGUGCCGUGGGCGCCGUGGGGGCUGUGGGCGCCGUGGGAGCCGUGGGCGCCGUGGGAGCCGUGGGCGCCAUGGGAGCCCUGGGAGCCAUUGGAGCCGUGGGAGCCGUUGGAGCCGUGGGAGCCGUGGGAGCCAUUGGCGCCUUUGGGGCCGUGGGUGCCGUGGGGGCCGUGGGAGCCGUGGGGGCUGUGGGAGCCGUGGGAGCCGUGGGAGCCGUUGGAGCCGUGGGAGCCGUGGGAGCCGUGGCAUACGAGGUCGCCUUUAGGGCCAUGGGCGCUGUGGCGGCCGUGGAUGCCGUGACAGUCGUGGACGCUGUGGCGGUUGUUGUCGCGGCGACCGUGCUCGGUUGCAGGCAGCUGGGGUCCGAGACGUCCUACUGCGUGCCGCUGUGCUCUCCCGGCGAGGACUGCGCUGGAGGCGACGAGACCGGUGAAUACGUCGGUUGCAGGUCGGGAGGAUGCGUGACGCAGUGCCCCUACCAGGCCGGCCAGAGCAAGCCCUGCCAGUGCGCACAAGGCUCUGCGCAGGCAAGCGGUGAGCAGGCCUGCGGUUCCAUGCCUCCUUCACUGGCACACGAGCCUGAAAAUAAAAGAAAAGAGGGAAUGCGUGGUGACCCACUUGCGAGUCUCAGCGCCGACGGCCGGGUUGUGCUGGUGAGAGCAGCCCCGGGCGAGAACAGCAUUCCUGACGUUGCCGGUUGGUUCUAG